AUGGCUUUAUUUUCCAACAUGACUGGUAUGGCACAACCGAUUUCAUCUGUAAACAAUAAUAAUGUAUUAAGUGGCGGUCAAACACAAGGAAUUAAUCAAAUGAUCUCACAAGAGAUGGUCAAAGGUGAAGGUGUCUUUGCUAAUAAUCCUUUUAUGAAUUUGGUUAAUAAAUCUACAAAUAAUAUUUCCAUUUGUGGAUUGGGUGUGGCCGUUCUCUCAACAAACCAUGAAGACUCCAUCAUUUUCUUUAGCAGAUUAAACAUCUCAAUUUGCGAAAAAUAA